AUGCCACGAACCCCCCAAUUUGCAUCCACGCCGCGCUUUCUCCUCUCCCAACGCGGUCCCCCUCCAUCCUCAUCCUUCUCCGCAUCCCGCCCUCCUCACCCCGAGGCCAUCGACGAAGAUGGUUCCCCGCAGAACACGCCCCUCGCGAAACGCGUCCGCGGUCGUCUAGAUCUGGCGACACCGGGAUCGGCAACGAGGCAGCCAGGUACUUUGCGCGCCGCCCGCGCAAGGGACGUGAUUGAGGAUUCCGAGGAGGAGAGCGGGCUGUCUGCGGGAGAAGUCGACUCGGAAUUAGAGGCUGAGUAUGGGGCGCUGUUUGGGGAGACGAGAUCGAGAUCGAAAGCGAAGAGGAGACGGGUGGAUGAGGUGGAGAGGGAGAAUGACGAAGAAGAAGAAGAAGAAGAAGGACGGAAUAAGAGCAAUGAUGCAGACGACUACGGCUACGAGCAACAAAGCAAUGAGAACUCCCACGACAUUGACAUUACCAAUGGCAAUGAACCCGAACCCGAACCCGAGCAUACCCAAGGCAAUCAAAACCAAAACGACGACCUAGACCCAAACCCAUACUCAGACGAAAACAUCCCCUCUUCACCACUCAAACCGCCAUCAACGCCAUACCCAAGUUCCCACCGUCCACGCUUCCUUCUCUCCGCGUCAUCGCAACUGCAUACGCCUUCGCAGACACACUCCCCUCUCUAUCCCCCAUCCUAUACAAAACCGCAAACAUCCACCAACCCUUCAGAAAUGACCCCCGCUGCCCCGCCAUCCACAACAACAGCAAUAGAUUCAACAAUGGCACCACCGCCGUCAACCCGCCGAAAACCAACCUUCGUUCUCCCACGAUCUCCGUCCCCCGAUACGGCUGCCGAUGAGUUUCCAUCGCUGUUCUCGCCGUCCCGGACGCAGCGCCGAAGAGGGCGACAGAGAGGUUCGGGACAGGGGUAUGUGGCCGGGGGAAUGGCGGAGCAGGUGAGAGGGUGGGUGCUGGAGAUGGGUGUUAAGAGCAAUUAUCGCUCUGGGCAUGGGAACCGAGAUGACCGUGGGGAUAGUGAGCGAGGGAGUCUGGAUGGGCAGAAGUAUGCGUUUGUCCUUCGUGCGAUUGAGGUCGAGAGGUCUGUGAUGGGGAGUUGUGGGGAAUUGGUGUUUGUGAGAGGAGUGGAUGGUAAGGAAGUAGGAGGUGGGGAUGAGGAUCGAGAUGCUGGUGAUAGGGUGGUGAGGAAUGUGAUUUUGAUGGGCGAGCCUCAGUCACGGAAUUUGAAUCCGGAGGUGAACGAAGGGGAUGAGGUCAUGUAUCUUCAACAGGGAGAUCUUGUUGGUGUGUGUCAAGGGCUGGUUUGGGAUGUUGAGUUAGAUGCCAUGGGGGAGUCGAUGUCCGGGGAGAGGGAGAAGUGGUCGGUUUGUAUGGAGUGGGAUGUGUUGUGA